AUGGCUGCACAGUUCACCAAGCUCUUCUCAUUCAUCCUCGCCAAUGUUCACGAUCCGGCCGCCCUCGACAGUGCAGCCGUGAAAAUCCCGUGCUACAGCUGCAUGUCGCCAUAUAUGGAAGACUCAUACCCAUACCUCAGGACAUUGUAUAAAAAACCGCUGUCUUUCGACAUUGCCUGUGAUCAGAACAGUUUAAACCGCCAUGCUCUUUACAUACGAAAUUGCACGGAGAUGUGCGUGACGCUGCGGAUACAUGACGUGAUAGCUGGCCGGCGGAGAAUUGGAUAUAUGAGAGGCUGCCUCACGGAUAUUACAGGGGCGUCUGUCUCAUCGUUAGGACGUCAACUGACGAAUACGAGAUGCUUAGAAACGGAUGCGAGGCAGCUGUUUUCAUUAACGGCGCAGCGACAGGAGUUGGAGCCGACAAAGCUAUCCGUCUGCGGCUGUGAAUCCGAGCUCUGCAAUUCCAACCCUUCCGCCCCCAUCCUAUUGCCGCUCCUAAUAACCGCAUUUCUUAUCGUCUUUCGCCCUAGG